ACCCAAAUAUAUGUAUAUUUUUUAGUAGAAAGAAUUAGAGGCUCCUUCAACCUUUGAUUUUGUACAGAAAGCAAAGCUCACAGUAGCGGCAUGGAGAGCAAAUUGUGCCCUUUAUUCAGCUCAGUUAAUUUAUCAAAACCUCCAAAAAUAUCAUUCAAAACUAAAACAUCCAUUUUCUCGCCAAAAAGACCUUUCCUUUAUCCUCCGAGCUCCACCAUAAUUAACUUCUCUUCAUUUCUUUAUACCUCUUCUCGCUUACCCUCUUCUUCUGUUAUAUAUGCGGCACCGGAUAGCCAGUUGAAUGUGGGGGUUGACACGGAGACAAGGGAAUGGGCAAUGCAAGAUUUCUAUAGCUUAAGGAGGGAUGUGGAAGCUGCAUCAGAGCGUGUUGAAGAGAUUAGAACCUCUGCUGGUCUUCAGCAAUUAGAACAAGAAGUUACAAAUUUAGAAUCUAAAGCAGCUAAUACUUCUUUCUGGGAUGACCGUGCUACAGCUCAAGAAACUCUUUUGGCUCUUACUGAUGUGAAAGAUAAGAUAAAACUGCUUACAGAGUUCAAAACCAAGGUUGAAGAUGCAGAAACUAUAGUUAAGCUAACAGAAGAGAUGGAUUCCAUAGAUACUGGACUUCUUGAAGAGGCUUCGAGUAUAAUUAAAGAACUAAACAAGUCACUGGAGCGAUUUGAGUUAACUCAACUUCUUUCAGGCCCUUAUGACAAAGAAAGUGCUGUUAUAUCAAUCACAGCUGGUGCUGGAGGCACUGACGCACAGGACUGGGCUGACAUGCUCCUCAGGAUGUAUGUGAGAUGGGGAGAGAAACAAAGAUACAAGACAAGGGUUGUUGAAAAAUCACCAGGAGAGGAAGCUGGAAUUAAGUCAGCCAUGAUUGAAGUUGAAGGUCGUUAUGCUUAUGGAUAUUUGUCUGGGGAGAAAGGAACCCAUAGAAUUGUGCGACAAUCUCCUUUCAAUGCUAAAGGUCUUCGUCAGACAAGUUUUUCUGGUAUCGAAGUCAUGCCUCUUCUUCCUGAAGAAUCUAUGGACGUUGAACUUCCUGAGGAGGACCUGGAAAUCAGUUUCUCCAGGGCAGGUGGAAAAGGAGGCCAGAAUGUAAAUAAGGUUGAAACUGCUGUCAGGAUUACUCACAUCCCCACUGGUGUUACUGUUCGCUGCACAGAAGAGAGAUCCCAACUGGCAAACAAGAUAAAGGCUCUCAGCCGGUUAAAAGCAAAGCUACUGGUGAUAGCUGUAGAGCAAAGAGCAUCUGAAAUCAAGCAAAUAAGGGGAGACGCAGUGAAAGCUGAGUGGGGCCAACAAAUAAGGAAUUAUGUAUUUCAUCCGUACAAACUUGUGAAAGAUGUACGGACAGGAUACGAGACUUCAGAUGUUACUUCUGUUAUGGAUGGCGAAUUGGAGGCCUUCAUCAAAGCUUAUCUCAAGUAUAAAUACAGUAUGACUUUGUCGUCAACCUAAAUUUCGCUAUCAGAUUUUAUUUAUUUAUUUAUUUGUUUAUUUAUAAUGUAAUCGUUAAUAUUAUAUUUCAUAAUAUAAAAUAUAUAAUAAUAUUGAAAAUUUAAAAAUGCUUGUGAUA